UGACACUACUGGUUGUGCACGGGCCUUUGUCAGAUGUCUGAAGCAAAUUCCUACUCCAGGUAUGUUUUUUGGAUCAUUCUUGUAGUUUAUAUUUAUUGGAUCUUCACCACCAGUGAAUUCACCUUCAUCAACAAGCACUGAUACAUCAGCAGUCACCAUAGGCAGUAGUGUCGGAGCAGUUAUAAUAUCGCUGCUGACUGCGAUGAUCAUUGUACUAAUAGCAUUGAAGAGGAGAGCUGUCAACUCUUCUAAGAAAGAACGUGGCCUUUCUAGUACUUCAAGCUACACCCCUCCUAAAAUGAAUUUGUUGGAUAAAAAACUGUCUGUAGAGCUAAAGGAACAAUUGCAUUGGCAGCUUCGGCAUAAGAACAUGAUUAUUUCAAAAGCACAAAUUCACCUUUCCAGCACCAUUGGGCAAGGAGAAUUUGGAUUGGUGUUUAAAGGAUAUGUUGAUGGUGGUAACUUAGCUGCGAUCAAGACUAGCAAAGGUAGGAGAGGAUGGAAUGCAUUGUUUGUCUGUGUUUAAUAUCAGCCCAGCACUGUCUUCUGAGAGAGAGAAAGAGAACCUGUUAAAAGAGAUGAGUAAAAUGGCAUCAUUUCAACACAAGAACGUGAUGACCCUUAUUGGAGUGUGUCUUGAUGGAGAGAUGCCCCUGAUUAUAAUGCCAUUUAUGGCAAAAGGCAGUGUCUUGGAGUAUGUCAGAUAUAUUAUGAAGGAAAAUCUAAUGCAAGUAUGUUAAUUAUACAUUUUUAACCAUGUAUGUAUUGUGAUUUCUAAUGUCAAGGAAACGAAAAUUAGGACAACUUUUCUUGGAAUUUGCCACCAAAUCACGAAAGGAAUGAAGUACCUGGCAGACUGCAAGUUUGUCCACAGAGAUCUUGCGGCC